AUGUCGGCAAAUCAUGAUGCUGGCGGGAGCUAUGCACCCCACUAUCGACUAGAGGCCAGUGCCAUCGCCACCGCCAGCGGGAAGGGAGAAGCCCUUGCCAAGGCCGCUGCACAGGCUGUGUCCACGGGGGGUGCCUCCGCCAAUGCCACUGCCAAGGCCAUCAGCCAGGGCACUGGCACCACCGUCGACCCUGGCGCCAUCACCAAAGUCGAGGCCACCUCCCAGGCUUUGAACGAUGGCCAGGAAGGCCUCGUGGAGGCUGUAGUCGUUGCCAACUCCGCCGCAUUCAGUGAGGUCAAGACAUCCACUGCCUCUGCCCUGGCCACAGCGGUGGCGGAUGUGUGCGGAGGGGGCAGCGCAUCUGCUGAGGCCAAGGCAAUCGCGGAGGCAGUGUCCAAGGCCACAGCCAGGGCCUAUGCCAGUGUCUUUGCCAAGACGACUGGUAAGGGAGCAAAGGCGUGUGGAGAUGCCACGGCAACUGCCACCGCUUUGGCAACAGCCAUUUCAGAGGCCAGCGCCACCGCAAUCGCCGCUGCUUCUUGUUGUGCCUCCAGCGCCCAGGCCAUUGCUGAAGCCACCGCUUUCAGCAUCAAGACAUCCGUCGCCACCGCUGCGGCCACUGCAUCGGCUUGUGCGGAGGGCGGAGGCACGGCCACUGCCAACGCUGAAGCUGUUGCCAACGCCACGGUGCGUUGA